AUGUGCCCGAAUCCACCAAAAAUAAACUUUUGUCCAGUUUGCUUGAUGGGAGUAACAGAAACCAAAAAUAUUUUACUGUCCGAUGCACUUCUUAAAGAAAUUCAGGCUGUAUUUGUGCACGUGUGCGAUUAUGUAAGACUGGAGGUACAAUGUUCGAAAAUUCUUGAUGAACUCUAUGUGACUAUGAUGGAUGUCAUCAAACAUGUAGUGGAGCCUCAUCUUGUUUGCAAGAUUGUCAAAAUGUGCGAUUCAUAA